AAUGUUUUCCAUAUUAGUUCAGAGCCCUCUCUGGUUCCAAAUAGAAGGGCUUUGCUCAGAGAGGAGCCCACUAGCUGGGCAGGGAGGGGAGGAGAGGGGGAACAUAGGGAAGGGCAGGGCAAAGCAGGGGGGCUGGCAGGCAGCACUGUGGAAGGGCAGUCAGGCGAAAGAGAGCAGAAGAAAACACUAGAAGAAGAGGAAGGAGUGGAGCAGGCAAGGCUGAGAAAAGCUCCCAGUUUAGAGGAAGAGUAAGCCGGGAGGAGGAGGUCAUCAGGAGGAAGCAUGGGGUCACAGAAGAGUCCAGGGGGGUCCGGUGGAGGUGAGAAGCCAGACAGGCCGGAAGAUGCACACAAAUGCUGCGGCUGCCGCUUCCCAUUGCUCGUCGCCCUGCUGCAGCUGCUGCUGGGCAUCUCCACAGCCACCGUGGCCUUCCUCAUGGCCACCAUCAGCCCCUCUCUGCUGGCCAGGGAGACGCCUCACUGGGCCGGCAUCAUCCUCUGUGUGGUGUCUAUAGUGGGAUUUGUCCUUUACUGUAUCGCCUACCUGCCUGAUGAGAGAACCUCCAUGCAGUUCAUUAUAAAGUUCCUCUACUUCCUCCUGUGUUCGGUGGGACUGGUCAUCUCCAUCCUGGUCAUCGCCUUCCAAGGCCACCACUACUCCCUCACCAACGGCUUUGUGUGCAGGGAGGUAGCGGAGGACUGCAUAUGCACACUGGAGCCUGAAGACCCCAUUGCUCGCACCUUUACCUACGCCCAGGUGAGCGACUGCUCUGCCGUCACGAGCACGCUCAUGCUCUACUACCUGCUGCAGAUGGUGCUCAACUUAGCCCAGGCCAUUGUCUGCUUGCUGGGGGCCUUCAUUAUGUGGAAGCACCGCUACCAGGUCUUCUUUGUAGGCCUGCAGAUGGGCUCCCCCACCAGCCAGCACUGGCAGAAGGUUUAAGGGCAGGACUGAGGGCCAGAAACUCUUCAGAAACUUGGAGAAGGAAUCUGAAGCAGAAGAAGAAAGCUCUCCUGGGGGAGGGAAAUGUGUGGAGUGUUGGAGGGUGUGUUGUGCGAGUUGAGGGAAAGGUCAGGAUCUGCCCUUUCUGAACAAUAUGUAUGUGUGUGUGUGUGUGAGGGUUUGCACCAAGAGUGUACUGUAAACGUGCUAAUGGGGGCAGCGGGUGUGGAAGGAGGGGUGGGUGCGGUGGUUAUACUACAGGCAUUUAGCUUGGAGUAGUAUUGGCACAAUGCUGGCGCAUAUAAUAUGGUCCCAUAUUUAGAGCUGUUGUAUUUUUCUACAUUGGCAUCUGGACAUUUCCACUAAUGUAAAUGUAUACUUGCCUUUGCCGGUGCCAAGGAGGCUAUUUUUAUCUAUCAAACUGAAUAUGGGAUGCAAUAAGAGAGCAUUCAUUCUCACAGAGUAAGAGUGUUAUGCAAAGGUCUGCUCACCCCUGACCUAUUUUGUUCAUUUCUGAAGUAAAAAGAACUAGGUUUAAACGUAAAUGUAUUUUUUUGUUAUUGUUAUUGUUAUGUUAAUAAUACUUUGACACCAGCAGAUCCUUGUCUGUAAUACAAGGGGUUUGCCUUGCCUUUCUUGCCAGCAUAUGAUUAGUUAGUUAUAUUUCUUUGUCUUGCAGUUCUUGCAUUGACUUCCACAGUUCCCCUUAACUGCCAUUCCUUUCUGGGAAAUGAGAAAUGGAAGUGCUUUAAUAUAUAUUUUAAUCUGUGUUUGAGUCAUAGUUUCAUUUUCAGAGCCUUCUUGUUGUUGGAAAUUAGCAUCAGUUUACGAUUUCUGACGUAUCUAAUCAGUCCUAACAUGCCAUAAUUGGUUAAUUACAUCCUGCUACAUUACUGGAAGGGACAUUUGCACAACAACUUAUUUUUAAGCAAUGAUACAUGACAGGAAGUGCUACAAUGCAAGAUACUGGCACUGGUAUACUACAGUUGCCACUGACCAACCAGUGCCAGUGAUAAUGUUGUAGCAUGAACCUCAAGUGUAGGAUAUUAUAGUAAGUAUACCACCCAUUGUCACUGUUAAUUGUGUAGAUUAUUGUAGAUUUUAAGGUAAAAAAUUAUAUAUUUAUCACUUCUGAGAUGUAAAAUUAUUUGUAGGAUUAGUGUCAUUCUAUCAGGUAUACCUCUGCAUCAGUCCCCAACAUCAUCAGACUCCAUCAUUCAGUCACAAAAGUUGAGUAAUAAUACAUAAUUUCCCAACUAUCAGGGUUUAAAGCAACUGCCAAAACAUUAGAUGUUACAGGUUAUAUUAACUCCAUGGCUCACACACUGCCAACACUGUAAUUUAAUAAGACCUUACUUGUAUGUGAAGCUGAUCUUUGUUUCAUAUUUGCCCACUCUCUAAUAAAUGUAUUUGUUGUACCUUAAAUGGUGCAGCAGAUCAUGCUCUCUCUGAUUGGCUGAUUGGCCUUGUCUCAAACCACACACUACAGUACAGUACCUACCAACUGUACCUAUCUAUCUACCUACCGAGCAAAAGUACUGCUCUGCUCCGUCUGUGUUUAGUGUACUUAUGUAUGAUGCUGUGUGAAUAACAGUGUGAAAUCUCCAGCUUUUAGCUUUAGUUUUAGUUAUCAAUUGAUGUUUUCUGAUACAACUGGACUAUUGCUGCUUUGUUAUGGCUGGUGUUUUGUUUAGUCUUGUAAGAACUGGUGUCAUGGCAAGGUUAUGUGUGUAUGGGCAGCGUAAUACUUUAGGAGCUUCAAUCAGAGUGCCAUUAUUGUGCAAUAUUGGCAUUCCUAGAAUGCCUUUCAGACAAUCACCUUGUUAGAUAGGAACUAACUCAUUUCUAUAAUCUAUAUUCUUUUAAUUCCUUAGGUUCACAAAAAAACAUAUAUUUUUUCAAAUGUUCAGGAAUUGAAAAAAAAAAUAACUUCAGGAAUGAACAAAAUAUGUCUUAUUGGGGUGCCUUUUUCAUACAAUUGUAUGUAUUUUCUGUACUGUGUAACUGUGUCACUGUUUGCAUUGGAAUUUUCUCAGACUGACAGCCUUAACAGUUAGCAUGGUCGUAUGACAAAUCUCCAGUGUUAACUUCUCAGCAAAAAGCGUUGCAAACUAUUUUAUACCUGGCAUUUUAAUCUGUUUAUUUUUUCUUAAGUGAUAUUAAAUAAUACUGUGUCUUGACUAUCUAUGACUAAGUCUUCUUGUUACUAUGCGAAAUGCUGACAGAAACAUAAAAGGGAUAAAAGAGCAUUUUAUCACUUAUUUACCAAAUUAAACUAUCGUUUAUAUUGUUUUA